CUCCGCCCGGCUCAGAGAGUACCCCCCGCCCCCUGCCACUCAAGGCCCGCUACCCCUGGCGCCGCGCGCGCGCCCGACAAAACGCUCCGCGAGCCAAUCGGAGAGGAAGAAUGGCUUCUUCGCCCCGCCCCCUCUCACGCAGCGACGUACCGGGUUCCCUCCCCCACUCCUUCCUCCAACCAAUCAGGGGACAGCUCCAAGGGAGCGCGCGAGGUUUCCUUCCCCGCGCACCCGUUCUCACCGUUAAACGGCCGCGUCCUGUGACAAUCCCAGUGACCUUUCACUCUCUCCGGAGUUCCACGCGCUCUAGGGGUAGUGGGAGGGGCCGGUUUCGCGAAGAGGUUGGUGGCGGGGAAAAAAAGCACCUCUUACCCCGCCUGGCGCGCUCCCAGGAGUAGCUGCGCGCGCACCUGCCUCCCUAAGGAUCCGCUAAGGCCACAAGGGCUCUUCCUAUCCUUCCUUAAAGCCACUUCUUCUACUCCGUUCUUGUACCUCCACCCAGACCCCACUUUCCUGUAUGUGGCCUUUCUGUCCCCAGCGUUGCCAAGUCCUGAGGGAGAAGGGGGAAAUUUUUUUGAGCUGUCGCUUCUCCUUUAAGAAAAAAAGCCCCGUCGCUGCCGGAUGAAAGUCUCUGAAAAAAUGGCGGCGAUAGAACAGAGGCGGGGUCGUGAGGGCCUGGAGGAGCCGCCUCUUCGACGCAUGCGCAUAGCCAACUUGCUCAAACGCAUUCUGGGAGUUGUAGUCCUACUAAGCCUAUGGGGAGGGCGGAGGAGGUAGGAAACCAAAGGCGAAAUGGUUGCCGGGAGUUUUUGACUGAUGCAGGAUGGGAAAAGUAGUAUUUCCACUGUCCAAGUGCACUUUUCCUGGGAGGCAGUGUUUCCGGGUUAAAGCGCGACGCCUAAGCAGAUCCUGGCGGAAAUUUUGAGCCAGUUACCUGCCAGGAUUUCCUGGGAAUGUUUUCCCUGCUUGUUUUCUUGGAGUUGGGGAAGCAUUUCUAGGGGAGUCACGUAAUAGCUUUUAACCUUGGUUUUGGUUAGAUGGCUUCUCCAGCCCGCGUUCAUGUCGGCAAUAUUCGUCUUGUCAUCCUGUGUCUGACCCACCAACCUGUAAGCCCCUGGAGGUCAGGGACUGAAUCUGGUUCUGCCAGAUCCUCGGGGGCUUACCCAUCAGUUAUUUGAUUACUAAUAAAAGUUUGUGGAAAUCUCUGGAGUUGCGUUUCUACUAGGAAUUACGACCACUGCUUCACUUGGCUGUGGCCACUGGACUGGAGGGAAGUUGGUAGCGUGUCCUGUCACCAACCCGGAGAAGCUUGAAGGCCUCGCUCAGGCUCCCUACUCUGAAGCCAACUGCUUCUGCGGUUUUUAAGUGUUUCUGCUGCGCAGGAAGCACAGUCAGAUUAGCCCCUUUAUCAGAAUUUCUUUUCUGCCCAAUAACAUGUGCAAUUAAAUUGUCCUAAUCCCAUAAACGGGAGUUUCCAUUUGCUUAUCUACAAAAUGAUGGGAGUGGCCCUCUCAUAUUCCUUUCUUCCUUUCAUCCAUUUAUAUCCAAGGGCGAUUUGCAGGACCACUUUCUUACCACUGGAAAAUAAAGCAUCCGGGGGUAAAAAGCCUAAAGAAAGCGGAUGGAAACAAGAUCUGGGGAAUCCAAUUUAAAUUUCACAUUAAUCAUUCAAUUACAGCUGCAGACACAGUACAAUAUAUGCAAGCCAAGUGCUGACGUGCAAUUUUCCUUCCAGUUCUUUGGCUCAGCUAUUACUUCAGAUUUGGCAAAUGCUUUCUAUUUUCUAAUGAGCAUUUUGCACUUUCGUGGGGCUAAUGGUAUUUCAGUUGUAAAAACUGGCAUAGAUGGAUGGGAAUUUUUGCAAAUCCAUUUUUAAGGUAUGCAGGCUUUUGGAACAGCACUGACAUCCAAUGGCUGCUCAAAGUAAUGCAGAGUGGGAAUCUUAAAAAAAAAAUAAAAAAAAUAAAAAAAUUUUCAGCGACUCCAGGGAAUGGACAGUGAAUGAUUCCUUUAGAUCAUCUGAAAAACAGAAGGACCACUGUGUUACAGAGGAAAGUUCACAGGCCUUGAAAUUAAAUAUAGAUUACAUUAGGUAGAAAAGCUACCUAUUAACACUACUACUUUAGCAAGUUACUGUUACUUGAAUCUCCACUGGUAAAAAUAGGAGUAAUACCUAUUUCACCAGGCCAUAAUAAUUAUAGUUCUUCCCGUAAUAGGCCUUUGUAAAUGUUCUAUUUUGUUCAAGGUGAAUAAAACCGGUGGUUUAAAAAAAGGUAAAAGUUAAUUUCAGCGUCACUGUUCAGAAAACUGCUGUAAAGCAAUGUAAGUAGGCAGGAAUUAUGCUUAAUUAAGAUAUUUGCAACUUAGCACCUUGUGUCUUAAACAGUCCAGUCUCAUUCUUCAUGACUCCUUUGGUUGUUUGCAUUGUGGAUCCUUGAAAUAAACCAAGUCCUGAAAAUCUAAAAGUGAAUACACUUCUGAAUUCAAUAGGCUUACAAUCUAUUCAGGAAAUUAGAUGCUUUAUUGGAGGAAUUGGAACGCUCCACCCUUGAGGACACUGGUGAAUACUCCAGCCCCACUCCUCUUCCCAAGGAUCAGAUUUCCAGAAAAGAGAGUGCUGAGACUUCAGACAUCUCUUCUGUUCAGGACACAAGCCCCUUCCAGUGACAUUCAAGAGCCAAAGGAAUCACUGCCACAUUCCAAAACCUCAGCAGCUGCUCAGUUGGAUGAGCUCAUGGCCCACCUGUGUGAAAUGCAGGCCAAGGUGGCAGUGAAAGCAGAUGCCAGCGAGAAGUAUUUACCAGACAAGCAGGAUCACAAGGCCUCCCUGGACUCAAUGCUGGGGGGAUUGGAGCAGGAAUUGCAGGACCUUGGGAUUGCCACAGUGCCCAAGGGCCAUUGUGCUUCCUGCCAGAAAUUGAUUGCUGGAAAGGUAAUCCAUGCUCUUGGGCAAGCAUGGCAUCCAGAGCACUUCAUCUGUAGUCACUGCAAAGAAGAGAUUGGCUCCAGUCCCUUCUUUGAGCGCAGUGGCUUGGCCUACUGCCCCAAGGACUACCACCACCUGUUUUCGCCACGCUGCGCUUACUGUGCUGCUCCCAUCCUGGAUAGAGUGCUGACGGCAAUGAACCAAACCUGGCACCCAGAGCACUUCUUCUGCUCUCACUGUGGAGAGGUGUUUGGUGCAGAAGGUUUUCACGAGAAGGACAAGAAGCCAUAUUGCCGGAAGGAUUUCUUAGCCAUGUUCUCACCCAAGUGUGGGGGCUGCAACCGCCCAGUGUUGGAAAACUACCUUUCAGCCAUGGACACUGUCUGGCACCCAGAGUGCUUUGUUUGUGGGGACUGCUUCACCAGUUUCUCCACUGGCUCCUUCUUUGAACUGGAUGGACGUCCAUUCUGCGAGCUCCAUUACCAUCAGCGCCGAGGAACCCUCUGCCAUGGGUGUGGGCAGCCCAUCGCCGGCCGCUGCAUCAGUGCCAUGGGCUACAAGUUCCAUCCUGAGCACUUCGUCUGUGCUUUCUGCCUGACGCAGUUGUCAAAGGGAAUCUUUAAGGAACAGAAUGGCAAGACCUAUUGUCCACCCUGCUUCAAUAAGCUCUUCCAAGUAUAAUCUCAGCUGAACCCACAGCCCCCCCAGAUACCCUUUAACAUUGAAACCAAGAGAGGAAAGAGUACAUUUGCUGUUACUGACCUUCUGUUCAAUAGGCUUAUAAAGUAAAGCCUAUGAAGGGAAUGUCUAGAUGUUAGACUUGUAGCCUUAAGUUUCAGAUUUCUAGUCUUAUUUUUUUUUUAAUUGGGUACUUGGAUUUAGAAUUGGAGCCUGCUAGCUAGUGACUCUGCAGAUAUAUUUUCCACACACACACAUUCAUUUUGUAACUGGUUAUCUCAGAUUUCUCCAUUUUUCACCCCUAUGAUGGCCCUGCUCACAUCUCUCCUUUUCAAGCUUGCCAUAUUUCCCUGUGACUCAGUUCCUCACAAUCAUGGUAGCAGUCUUAAGUUCCUUGCAUUUCCCUUCAGUAUAUUUAUCUUUUUCAAGAGGAAUUAGAUUUUAACUGGACAAUUUUGAGUGCUGACAUAAUUGACAAAUAAAGUGGUGUGUGUGUGUGUGUGUGUGUGUGUGUGUGUGUGUUUUAAAUAUGUUUUCAUUGCUUUUAGAGAGAGGGAGAGAGAGAGACAUUGAGGUGAGAGAGAAACAUCAAUCAGUUGCCUCCCAUAUACACCCUGACCAGGAAUUGAACCUGCAACCUUUUUGAUGUAUGGGACAACACUCCAACCAACCAAGUCAUACUGGCCAGGGCAAGUAGCUUGUGUUUUAAUGACUCAAUACAAUAUAGUUUGGUAGUUGAUCCUUCUGCUUCUCAUAUUAAUAAACUAAGCACUUUGUGCAA